ACAGAUGCAUUGAUCACUGGUUAAUGAUUGAGUUUUUUGUGCAGGGCAACUUAAAAUGGAGAAGAUGAUGGGGUUCCAAAUAGGUGUGAUUGGUGCAUUGUUUCUAUCUGUGGCCUCAUCAGUGUCCAUCGUCGUCUGCAACAAAGCUUUGAUGAGCAAUCUUGGUUUCCCAUUUGCUACAACAUUGACAAGUUGGCAUCUGAUGGUAACAUAUUGCACAUUACAUGUGGCACGACGCUUGAAUUUCUUUGAGACUAAAUCUGUUGAUAUUAAGACUGUCAUCAUCUUCGGUGUUCUUAAUGGUGUUUCCAUCGGAUUUCUUAAUUUGAGCCUUGGCUUUAAUUCUAUCGGUUUCUACCAGAUGACCAAAUUAGCAAUUAUACCUUUCACAGUGUUACUGGAAACCAUUUUCUUGAAAAAGAAAUUCAGUAAGAAAAUCAAGCUAUCUCUUUUCGUCUUGCUUGUGGGAGUUGGGGUGGCUUCAGUGACAGAUCUGCAGCUCAAUUUAGUGGGAACAAUUCUUUCUCUUAUAGCAAUUGCAACUACCUGUGUUGGUCAGAUUCUCACAAACACUAUACAGAAGAGGCUAAAUGUGUCAUCUACUCAGCUGUUGUACCAGUCAUCUCCAUUUCAAGCAGCUGUUCUGUUUGUGACAGGCCCUCUACUAGACCAAUACCUCACAAAGCAAAAUGUCUAUGCUUUCAGCUAUUCUCCGCUUGUCUUGGGAUUCAUAGCACUUUCCUGCAUGAUCGCUGUAUCAGUGAACUUCAGCACGUUUUUGGUUAUUGGGAAAACAUCACCAGUAACAUAUCAAGUGCUAGGCCACUUGAAAACAUGCCUUGUUCUUGGAUUUGGAUAUACUUUGCUACAUGACCCUUUCACAGCCAGGAAUAUUGUUGGAAUUCUUAUUGCGGUUCUUGGCAUGGGCUUAUAUUCUUAUUUCUGUACAAGCGAAAACAAAAAGAAGCAAUCGGGUGAUCUCUCCACUCCUCAGGUUAAAGCCAGAGACAACGAUACACCUCUUUUGGGGACACCAGGACAAAGAAGUUGAGGUGAAAAAAUUAAUUAAGGUUUCUCUUGUUUGAGAUGUUAGAAUAUUGAUAUCAAGAUUUUGAUCUUUUAUGAGGUUUUUUCUUAAGGAUACUUUUAUUUUGCCUCACAGAAGUGAUUGAUUAAACGACUAAAUGGUAGUGAUUCUUAAAAACUACAGAAUUAUCAAAUAGCCGCAGUUAUAGAUUCAAAGCUCCAUUCAUGUGGUAUAUAUGUGGAGGAUUUUAAGUCCUUGCACCAAACCUGCAAUUU